AUGUCUGAAAACCUUGACAAGUCCAAUAUAAAUGAAGCAGGAAAAUCAAAGUCAAGUGAUUCUGAGCAAGGCCUUGAAGAUGCUGUGGAAGGUUCUGAUGAAGCUUUACAGAAAACAGUAAAGUCGGGCUCUCCAAGCACCCAAAGAGUGCAAAGACCUCACUCUAGUCCUCCUCGAUUCGUGACAGCAGAAGAACUUCUAGAGACAGCGAAAGGAGUCACUAACAUGGCCCUAGCCCAUGAGAUUGUUAUAAAUGGAGAUUUUCAGAUUAAACCAGUUGAAUUACCAGAAGACAGCUUGGAGAAGAGAGUAAAGGAUAUUGUCCAUAAAGCUUUUUGGGAUUGCUUGAGUGUCCAGCUAAGUGAAGUCCCCCCGACGUAUGACCGGGCCAUCAAGCUUGUUGGUGAGAUCAAAGAGACCCUCCUGUCUUUCUUGCUGCCUGGUCACACUAGACUGAGAAACCAGAUAACAGAAGUCUUGGAUCUGGAUCUGAUAAAGCAAGAGGCAGAGAAUGGGGCCCUGGACAUUUCUAAGCUGGCAGAAUUCAUUAUUGGCAUGAUGGGGACGCUGUGUGCACCUGUGCGCGAUGAGGAGGUGAAGAGACUGAAGGACGUUAAGGAAAUAGUGCCCCUUUUCAGGGCAAUUUUUUCAGUGUUGGACCUAAUGAAAGUGGACAUGGCGAACUUUGCUGUCAGUAGCAUUAGGCCACAUCUCAUGCAGCAAUCAGUUGAAUAUGAAAGGAAGCAGUUUCGGGAGUUCUUGGAGAAGCAGCCAAAUUCCCUGGACUUUGUCACCCAGUGGCUGCAAGAAGCCACAGAUGACCUUAUGAAUCAGAAGUAUAAAAAUGCCCUGCCGGCUGCGGGAGGGGCCGCUGGCUCUGGGGACGGCCCCCGGCUAGAUCCCAUGGCUGUCCAGAAUUACGCGUACCUGAAGCUUCUGAAGUGGGACCACCUCCACCGACCUUUCCCUGAAACAGUUUUGAUGGACCAUUCUCGCUUCCAAGAGUUCCAGCUCCAGCUGGAGCAGCUGACCGUCCUGGGGGCCGUGUUGCUGAUCACGUUCAGCAUGGCAGCCCCAGGGAUCGCCAGCCGGGCUGACUUCGCCGAGAAACUCAAGAUGAUUGUGAAGAUUCUGCUCACAGACAUGCAUCUGCCCUCCUUCCACCUGGAGGACGCCCUGACUGCCGUCGGGGAGAAGGUCUGCCUGGAGGUGAGCAGCUGCCUUUCCCUGUGUGGCCUCAGCCCCCUCACCACGGACAAGGAGGCCGUGCUCAAGGGUCAGAUCCAGGCCGUGGCCAGUCCCGACAACCCCAUCCGCAGGAUCGUGGAUUCCCGAAUCCUGACCUUCUUAGACACCUACCUUGCCUCAAGUCAUCAGAAGCCAUCGCCCAUAGCCCCUGGGGGAUUGGGUCCGAUUCAAAAAGAGCUAGAGGCAGUUGCCGUUAAGUUCGUGCGCCUGGUCAACUAUAACAAGAUGGUGUUCAGUCCCUACUACGACGCAAUCCUCAGUAAGAUCCUCGCCAGAUCCUAA